GCAUGGUUGUGUCUCUUCGCUGCCCACGGCCACACAGAUUCAUUUACCAAAAUACCCAAUGAAAAUACUCAACAUAAUCGACACUCGAGGUCAUAUUCGUAAAUUUGCCUCAUUUCCAUCCGGAGUUUUGCUCCCGGUUACCUCCCUGCAUUUUCUUUCGGCAAACACUGAGCAUAAAUAAGAAUGUUUCUGACUAUUGAUCUCUGAGAAUUGUGUAUAUAUUGAUUGAGAACUUGAAAUGUAUUUUUGAAGAAACGUCGUCUUAAGAGUAUUUUAGGGCUUCGUUUUAUAAACUCAAGCAGGGAAUUCAUGUUUUGUUAGCUGAAAAAUGAUGUUUUUACGAAUUGGACGCUCUGUUUAUCGAUCCUCUCGCUCCGUAUUUAAUAAAGCCCCAUUUUCCGGUGGUAAUGGAGUGGAACUAAUGAUUUUGAAUGAAUUGUCUCCCGAAAAUGCGUGUAUUGCACGAUCGAGGGAUGGCUUAGGGUUUAUGAGGAGAUAUUUGACAUCGAUUGGAGCUGGGAAACUGGUUGUAAAUGGUGGCACUUUGUCGGAAUUUAACUCAGUUUUUGCGAACCCUAGGCUUAUUAGGCUGUAUUGUAACGAAGCGCCGAAGAAAAGAAACUAUGAGAAUUAUUAUCCAAAAAACAAGAAAGAAAUCCCGAAAGGGAACAACCAGAAAGGGGAGCAUAAAGAGGAGUCAGGCACGGGUGAUCAAGGGAACAACCAGGACUUCUCCACUAAAUUUCAAAGUUUUGUUGCCCCUUUGUUGUUGCUUGGAUUUGUGCUUUCAUCAGUAUUUAUGAAUCCUCGUGAGCAGAAGCAGAUAAGUUUCCAAGAGUUCAAGAACAAGUUACUUGAACCUGGUCUAGUGGAUCAUAUUGUUGUUUCCAACAAAUCAGUUGCAAAAGUUUACGUGAAGAGUUCUCCACCCCGUGAUAUUCAAACCAACGGUGACGCCAUUCAAGGCUCUGUGGGUGAUACCAAUGAUCAGAGAAAAGUGAGCCACUAUAAAUACUAUUUUACUAUUGGAAGUGUUGAAUCCUUUGAGGAGAAGCUUGAGGAAGCCCAGGAGGCAUUAGGAAUAGAUCCACACAAUUAUGUUCCCGUGACAUAUGUUUCUGAGAUGAACUGGUUCCAUGAACUCAUGAAGUUUGCUCCAACAGUCUUACUUCUAGGAACCCUUUUCUACAUGGGACGAAGAAUGCAAGGUGGGCUUGGUGUUGGAGGUCCUGGAGGGAAGGGUGCACGUGGAAUAUUUAAUAUUGGAAAAGCGCAUUUCACUAAAAUGGAUAAAAAUUCCAAAAAUAAGGUUUUCUUUAAAGAUGUGGCUGGUUGUGAUGAGGCAAAACAGGAAAUCAUGGAAUUUGUGCAUUUUUUAAAGAACCCCAAAAAGUACGAGGAGCUGGGAGCCAAAAUUCCAAAAGGUGCUCUUCUUGUAGGUCCUCCAGGAACCGGAAAGACGCUACUUGCCAAGGCAACAGCUGGAGAGUCUGACGUGCCUUUUCUUUCCAUUUCUGGGUCAGAUUUCAUGGAAAUGUUUGUUGGAGUUGGCCCGGCCAGAGUUCGGAGCCUAUUUCAAGAGGCAAGACAGUGUGCACCAAGUAUAGUGUUUAUUGAUGAAAUUGAUGCAAUUGGUCGAGCACGAGGGCGUGGGGGGUUUUCUGGUGGUAAUGAUGAGCGGGAAAGCACCCUAAAUCAAUUGCUUGUGGAAAUGGAUGGAUUUGGAACUACCUCUGGGGUGGUUGUACUUGCUGGUACUAAUAGGCCUGAUAUAUUAGACAAAGCUCUGUUAAGGCCUGGUCGCUUUGAUCGUCAAAUUACCAUCGAUAAGCCUGAUAUUAAAGGCCGUGAUCAGAUCUUUCGGAUCUAUCUGAAUAAAUUGAAACUUGAUAAAGAACCUUCAUAUUAUUCUCAGAGGCUUGCUGCUUUAACGCCCGGAUUUGCUGGAGCAGACAUUGCGAAUGUUUGCAAUGAAGCUGCACUGAUAGCUGCAAGGACUGAGAGCACGUUAAUUACAAUGCAAAAUUUUGAGGCAGCUAUAGAUCGGGUUAUUGGGGGUCUAGAGAAGAAGAACAAGGUUAUAAGCAAGCUGGAGCGUCGAACUGUUGCUUACCAUGAAUCUGGCCAUGCUGUUGCUGGUUGGUUUUUGGAGCAUGCCGAACCAUUGCUCAAAGUCACAAUUGUUCCUCGUGGUACUGCAGCUCUUGGUUUUGCUCAGUAUGUUCCAAAUGAAGAUCUUUUGAUGACCAAAGAGCAGCUGUUUGAUAUGACAUGCAUGACACUUGGUGGGCGAGCAGCAGAACAGGUUUUGAUCGGGAAGAUCUCAACAGGAGCCCAAAAUGAUUUGGAGAAAGUCACGAAGAUGACCUAUGCCCAAGUGGCAGUGUAUGGUUUCAGUGACAAAGUUGGUCUUCUUUCUUUUCCUCAAAGGGAAGAUGCUAUGGAGAUGACCAAGCCAUACAGCAGCAAGACUGCUGCGAUAAUUGACAUUGAAGUAAGAGAAUGGGUAGCUAAGGCAUAUGGCCGCACUUUACAGCUAAUCGAGGAACAUAAAGAGCAUAUAACAGAAAUUGCUGAAUUGUUACUGGAGAAGGAGGUCUUACAUCAAGAGGACUUGGUCCGAAUACUCGGAGAGCGUCCCUUCAAGAGUAGUGAACCUACAAACUAUGAUAGGUUCAAGGAUGGGUUUGUAGAAGAAAAAGAAACUAAAGACACUCCUACUGGAAAGCCUGUACAGUUGGGACCACCACCACUGGGACCAGAUAUUGUUCCAGCAUAAUCACUGAAAGUUUUUUUUGUCAGAUUUUACCAAAUUUGAAAUCAAGAACACCUGCAAAUUAACUAAAAACUCCAGCUUUGGACGACUACAUUACAAAAUGCACCUUGUUAUUUGAGGUCUAGAAUGAAGUUGUAUCGAGAAUGAUGAUGAAUAUUCACAGGUGUGUUAAGGUAGGAACCCUGGUCUUUGUUACUAUUGCUGAUCUAUUGCGAUAUGUUGAGCCUUGGAGACAUCUUUCUUCCUGCUUCUCUAUGUCUAAUGAGCCCAUAAUUAGUCGUGUCCAAUUUGGGGCUUUGUACAGCAAUAAUUGCCAGAAUAUUUGGAGCAUGUAUGCAAAAUCUCGUCUGUCAAGUACAAAAUUUGUUAAAGCUGAUGCUCUCUGAUUGCUUUUGAAAUUUGCUGAAAAGUAGUCUUUGGAAAUUGCUUUUUGCUGGUGGUAUGGCCAAAUUACUUUAGGUGU